AUGCCUAACGCCUCAGGGCUCCUGGGAGCCCCCCUGGUGUGGGCAACCGGGCCGCAGGUGGACGGCGUGGGGAACAGCUCCCAGGGCACCUCCCAGCUCUUCCUCACCUCGGCGCUGGCCCGCGGCAUCUCGGGCGUCUUCGUGUGGACCGCCCUGGUGCUCACCGGCCACCAGAUCUACCUGCACCUGCGCUCCUACACCGUGCCCAGCGAGCAGCGCUACAUCAUCCGCCUGCUCUUCAUCGUCCCCGUCUACGCCGUCGACUCCUGGCUCAGCCUCCUCCUCCUGGGGGGCCGCCAGCACUAUGUCUACUUUGACUCCGUGAGGGAUUGCUACGAAGCCUUUGUCAUUUACAGCUUCCUGAGCCUCUGUUUCCAGUACCUGGGGGGCGAGAGUGCCAUCAUGGCUGAGAUUCGGGGAAAACCCAUCCGGCCCAGCUGCUUCUACGGCACCUGCUGCCUUCGGGGCAUGUCCUACUCCAUCGGGUUUCUGCGCUUCUGCAAGCAGGCCACACUGCAGUUCUGCAUUGUGAAGCCCAUCAUGGCCUUGGUCACCAUCAUCCUGCAGGCGUUCGGCAAAUACCACGACGGGGACUUCAACAUCCACAGCGGUCACCUCUACGUCACCCUCGUCUACAACGCCUCCGUGAGCCUGGCCCUCUACGCCCUGUGCCUUUUCUACUUCGCCACCAGGGAGCUCCUGCAGCCCUUUGAGCCUGUCCUCAAGUUCCUCACCAUCAAGGCCGUCAUCUUCCUCUCUUUCUGGCAGGGGAUGCUGCUGGCCAUCCUGGAGAGGUGUGGGCUCAUCCCUGAGGCCCAGGUCAUCGACGGGAGCAGGGUGGGGGCCGGCACGGUGGCCGCUGGCUACCAGAACCUCAUCAUCUGCAUCGAGAUGCUCUUUGCCUCCAUCGCCCUGCGCUACGCCUUCACCUGCCAGGUGUACUCGGAGAAGAAAGAGCGCUCGCCAGCCCCCACGGCGCCCAUGCAGAGCAUCUCCAGCGGCCUCAAGGAGACCGUGAGCCCGCAGGACAUCGUGCAGGACGCCAUCCACAACUUCUCACCCGCCUACCAGCAGUACAUGCAGCAGGCCACACACGAGGCCCAGGGACCUGGCGAGGGCAGGGACUCCUUGCCCAGCACCCACCCUGGCAUGGGUGGUGGCUCCGGCAGGGGCAGGAAGAGCCGCAACAUGGAGAAGAGGAUGCUGAUCCCCACGGAGGAGCUGUAGAGGGGCCCCGGGGUCAGCGGCCGCCUGGCUGGGGUCAGUGGUCCAGGCCGCUGGGAAAGGACAGGGACCCUCACCCACCGACCGUCUUGCCAAAGGUCAGGCCUCUCCUGGGAACUUCCUGCUAGGCCCGUGGAGCCCACUGCCCAUCCCACCUC